ACAAUAAUGACUCUUCCUAAUUUAUCAUUAAUCUGUUUGAGACAUUUGAAUUGUAGAUGUUUAUUUAACAGUAUAAUGACUCUCCUGCUCUUACUUGAGCCAACACUAAAGAAAACAUGCCUACCCCAUAUCUGCCCCAAUUUUUCAGCUUCUUGCGGGGAAAAAUGUGUUUCUUGAAGAAACACUAUAUCAUAUUUCUUGCGCUUAAGAACAGGAAUAACCUUCCUUCUUUUUAUGGGGUGCCCCAACCCAUUUACAUUCCAUGUGGAGAGAGAUAACCCAUUCACAUUAACAUUUGACAUAUUGAUAUAAUAAAAUUUUUUUUAAAAAUUAGUGUGUCAAAAACAAAAUUAUACAGACCACAUUCCCCAAUAAUGCAACAAUCAAACCCCGAACUUCCCCGUAACAAAACAAACAGAAAAAAAAAACGUGCGCAUUAACCCCACGCACGACAGUGCCAACCGGCGACAAUCCCUCUAAAUUCAAAGAGUCCAUGUACGCCUACGAGAGCCCCCGCGACAACUUUGCCAUUGGAUUGCUCGAGUCCGGUGCUUCUGCACAAAUUUUGUGAGGCACAAUUACAAUAACAGGAAAUACUUUGUAAAACAUACCCCAGCCAACAGGCAGAAUAACAGAAAAAACACGUAGAUUCUUUCACAGAACUGUGUCGAAGGUGUGUUCCUCCACAAAACAAGCUCCAGCCGUUAGGCAGAGCCAGCGCGAAAAACAAAACCGGCAUCCCGGUUCCUCGGAUGAUCAAGAGCCAAACUAACCUGGAGGCCGUGCGCAAAAAAAAAAAAAAAUAAAUAAAAAUAAAAAAACACCAUAACUUACUCAGCCUGUCAGCUUUAUAAAAGAUGUCCUUUAUGUGAGCAUAUAGAUAUUUUGUGGUCAUCCAAAGUGUCCAUUCUCGAUCUGGCCAGAAACUUCAGUAUAACAAAAAAUCUUCCGUCAAUGCAAACGUUUCUUGGAGUCAUGCCAUAAAACAAACUCCAGCCGCUAGGCGGAGUCAACACAAAAAGAAACAAAAAUGGCACCCAGCUUCCUCAGAUAAUAGAGUUCCUGAACCGUGAGUCAGUCCAAUAAUAUAAGAAACAUCAAAUGGCUUACUCCAAUGUAUUUAUAAAGGAGAGUGCCUGUUUUGGACAAGUAAAUACUUUGCGACCAUUCUUCGUUUCUAUUCUCAGUUUGGCCGGGAACAUCAGAGCAAACGAGAUCUUUUUCUGAUGUAAGAGUUUCUUGCAUUCUUUGAACCGAUCGCGUUUCUCUCUUGUGGAAUUCGCAAAGUCUGGGAACAAGAAAAUAUUAUGGUUCUUCCAAGAAAGCUUCCCUUUGCUCCUCGCCUGGCGCAACACGAGAUUUUUAUCGGAUGAUUUCAGAAAUUUGGCCAGAAUGCAUCGAGGUCUAUCUCCCUCAGCAGUUCUGUGAGCCGGGACUCUGUUAUGUCGAGCAGAUUCGGGAAAAGCUUGUCUAGGAAUUUCACCAUAUCUCUGCCCUCUUCAUGCUCAGGAAUUCCAACAAUUCGUAUGUUAUUCCUUCGGCUCAUAUUUUCGGAAUAUUCCAGUUUUUCCGAAAUUAAUUCCAAAUCUGUUUUGGACACGGGCGGAUUAGCGGUUAAUUCCCUUUCCGAUGACUCAAGAUAAUCGAUUCGUUUUUCAACUUCUGUCACUCUUGUAAACAACUCGGAGAUUUUUGUUUCCAUCGCCGUAAUCGAUCGACAUAUUACAGCGAGAUCCUCCAAGUCAGCAAGACCCUUCGUCAGCAUCACCGACAUGUUGGACAACAGACGCUGAAUAUCUUCUCCCGACGUACAGCCCAAAUCGUGUCUCCGGUCCGCAGUCCCGUCAGAGGCCUCAGCUUGAACACGCUCGCAUGGAGCGCAUGGAGGCCUUUCUGAAGAAGGGCGAGGAGAUCGAGAAGAGCCUGACAGAGAGCAAGAAGAAGCUGGCAGAAGUGCAGCGACGAGUGCAGGAGUUGAGCGUGGCAUCCACAGACGAGAGUAAAGCAGAGCUGAGUAAAGCUCAAGCAGAAGAGAAACGGCUGAAGAAAGAGGAGAGAUCCUGGGAGAAGAAGAUGGAGGAGCACCGCACGGAGGAGAAGAAGAUGCCCUGGAACGUGGACACACUCAGUAAAGAGGGCUUCAGUAAGAGUGUCGUCAAUGUAAAGCCGGAGAAAAAGGAGGAGACGGAGGAAGAGAAAGAAGAGAAACACAAGACCUACGUGGAGAAAUACGAGAAACAGAUCAAACACUUUGGGAUGUUGCGGCGCUGGGAUGACUCUCAGAAAUAUCUGUCUGAUAAUCCUCACCUGGUGUGUGAGGAAACUGCUAAUUACCUGGUUAUCAUGUGCAUCGACCUGGAGGUGGAGGAGAAACACGCUCUGAUGGAGCAGGUGGCGCAUCAAACCAUCGUCAUGCAGUUCAUUCUUGAACUGGCUAAGAGUCUGCAGGUGGAUCCACGCGGCUGCUUCCGGCAGUUCUUCACAAAGAUCAAGACUGCAGAUCAGCAGUAUCAGGACGCAUUUAAUGAUGAAUUGGAGUCAUUUAAGGAGCGUGUUCGCGGCCGAGCGAAGAUUCGGAUUGAGAAAGCAAUGAAAGAAUAUGAGGAAGAGGAGCGGCAGAAGCGUUUGGGUCCCGGCGGUCUUGAUCCGGUGGAGGUGUACGAAACCCUGCCUGAGGAGAUGCAAAAAUGCUUCGAUGAGAAACACAUUCAGAUGCUGCAGGACACUAUCAGCAAAAUGGAUCCCACGGAGGCCAAAUACCACAUGAAGCGCUGCAUUGACUCAGGCUUGUGGGUGCCAAAUUCUCAAGGAGCAAACGAAGAGGCAGAAAAAGACGCAGACGAGCUGCAGUAUGAAGAGGUGCGGAAACAAGAUCAGUGACUGUCACUGGAACAUCAUCAAAGCAGACUUAACAAGACAACAGAGCUUGACCGCUGACCCCAGCGCUCUGUCAGUCACACUAUUAUACAUAAAGUCCAUGUGAUUCAUGGCAGACCCACUGUGCUGAUAGGUCACCCUGAGUGAUGCCCAUCUCUCCUUGAUACUUUUAUGAUUUUAUUUAUCAGUGUUUGUUCUGCUCUCAUUAGCAGUCAUCUUGAACUGCAGCUGUCACUCCAUUAAUCAGAAUCUUAAAUUAAUUAACAGGAUUAUCAUCAUGGAAUGAGCUGAUAGAUUGUAUUAUGUGGUUUGAUUGGAUGUUUCUUACAGAUUUUUUUUUUUUUGCAUCAGUGUAAGCUCUGUAGUAUUACACGUUAAGAAAUUAAUCAUCAAAAUGAAUAUUAAGUAGUUAACUGCUCUUGAUAAAAUAAAAACUUGCAGAACUUUCAA